AUGGGCGAUGUUUCGUCUACCCGGCUCUAUCUGGGCAACCUUCCGCGCAACAUCACCAAACAGGACAUCGAGGAGCACUUUGGCACUCAUGGCACCGGCUCUAUUAAAGAGAUCAAGCUCAUGAACGGCUUUGGUUUCAUCGAGUAUGAGGACUCCAUGGAUGCGCGAGACGUUGUUCCAGACGGAACCAUGUUCAAAGGCGAGCGUCUCACUGUGCAGUUUGCUCGGGGCCCGCGCCGGAAAGAUGACUUGGCUGGUCCUUCUGAUCGCAACGUUCCUCGGCCACGUCGCACCAUCUAUCGCAUGCAGAUUACUGGACUGCAGCCGGAUACUAGUUGGCAGGACCUCAAGGACUUUGCGCGAAGCUCGGGUCAACUGGACGUUGUAUACUCCGAGACUGGCCGUGACCGCGAUGGCAAAGGGUUCGUGGAAUUCGAAACCUCGUCCGACCUCAAGACUGCAGUGGAGAAGCUAGAUGGACAGACCUUUAAGGGAGCGACUGUCCACUGUACACUCGACAUUCAAGAAGAAAGACCGGACAAUCGCAGCUAUCGACAGAGAUCCCCACCUCGAGGCCGUUACGGGCCCGCGGAUGACUAUGAUCGCCGUGGACCUCCCCCACGAGGAUGGAGCCCGCGAGGCUAUCGUGAGCGCUCACCUGGACGUCGCCCACCCAUUGACGACUACUAUGACCGAGGCUACGGAAGACGCACUCCACCACGGGACUACGGACCACCACCGCCACGGAGAUACGAUCCUGACCCAUAUGAUCCUCGCGGACCGCCACCACCACCUAUUCGGGGCUAUGGAGAUCCAUAUGCGCGAGGCGGCGACCCGUACGCUCGUCCCAGAAGCCCUCCACGCUAUAGCUAUUCUGGUGGUUAUGGUGGCUACGACGACCGACGAUACUAG